AUGGCUAAAAUCAGGUAUCCUGUUGUUGUUGUUUAGUCGUUAGUCGUUUAGUCGUGUCCGACUCUUUGUGACCCCCUGGACCAGAGCACGCCAGGCACGCCUGUCUUCCACUGCCUCCCGCAGUUUGGUCAAAUUCAUGCUGGUAGCUUCGAGAACACUAUCCAACCAUCUUGUCCUCUGCCGUCCCCUUCUCCUUGUGCCCUCCAUCUUUCCCAACAUCAGGGUCUUUUCCAGGGAGUCUUCUCUUCUUAUGAGGUGGCCAAAGUACUGGAGCCUCAGCUUCCGGAUCUGUCCUUCCAGUGAGCACUCAGGGCUGAUUUCCUUCAGAAUGGAUCGGUUGGAUCUUCUUGCAGUCCAUGGGACUCUCAAGAGUCUCCUCCAGCACCAUACUUCAAAAGCAUCCAUUCUUCGGUGAUCUGCAUUUUUUAUUGUCCAGCUCUCACUUCCAUACAUCACUACAGGGAAAACCAUAGCUUUAACUAUACCAGGGGUCUGCAACCUUUAAGACAAAAAGAGCCACUUGGACCCGUUUCCGAAGGAAAAAAAUCUGGGAGCCGUAAAACUCGUCAUUAUAAAAAUAACUUUUUUGUCACUUUUUUAUUAUUUUUUUGUUUGACCCCUCAGAAUUACUCCUCCUCAUAGAAAUAAACGUUAAAUUAACAAGUUACCUUUUUGUGUGUGUGUGUUCUUCACUCCUCUUCAAAACAGUGACCAGCGUACAUGCCCCCUUUCAAUGCAGUGACCAGCGUACAUGCCCCUUAAAAUGUAGCGGGCGGGCGGGUGGGCGGGAAGGUGACGUCGGGACAGUGCGUGACUAACGCACGCACCGCCCCCAUGCGACGUCACAGCCAGUACAGCGCCCGCCGCAGUGGGGAGUGUCGGGGCGCACAAUGUGCCUCCUCCCCUUGCUAGUAUCCGUCCCGGAGCCGCGGCAAAGGUGUAAAAGAGCCACAUGCGGCUCCGGAGCCGAGGGUUGCAGCCCCCUGAACUAUACGGACCUUUGUUAGCAAGGUGAUGUCUCUGCUUUUUAAGAUGCUGUCUAGGUUUGUCAUUGCUUUUCUCCCAAGAAGCAGGCGUCUUUUAAUUUCGUGACUGCGCCCUAGUCCAGGCUAACUUUUUGCACGCACACGAACUUAACCCCCCAAAAUGGCUUAACUUCAAUUUCUAAAAGCAGGUAUCCUGUGGGGGGGGGGAGAGAGACGACAAUCACGAAACUGGAAAGCUCUCCACUUACUUUAAAUUGCAAUCACAAGUAAUGCAACGAUCUUUGACUACCUUUCUCAAAUACUACAAAAGAAAACGUUUUGGCGCGCAAUCGUUUCGAGCAAUCUUGCGAAUGUUAGUGUUACAAUGUAAAGUCUCUGAAAAGUUCUGAUUUCAGGCAUUUCCCUUUGCAAAUUUUGUCACCGAUUCCUUCAGGUGUGUUCCUUCCUUCCUAGGGUAUGUUCCAAGUUCUCCAAGCUAGCUGAUCUCUUUGGCAACAUUGUUGAGCGUAUGUAAGUUUUAUAACCCCCGACUGAGAAAUAACUGAAACUGGGAAUACAAGCUGACACCCCAAAAUCCAACUUUGUAUGAUAUAAAACACUUCUCCGGAAAAGGGUCUUUUAAAAAAAUGGACCUUUCCUUUAUAAUAAUAAUAAUAAAUUUUUAUUUAUAUCCUGCCCUCCCCAGCCGAAGCCGGGCUCAUUAUCUCAUUUGUUAAGUUAUUUUGGCCAUUGAGGCAGGGCUGGCCCAAUACAUUUUGGCACCUGAGGUUGGCCCUACCACCACCAGGGAAGAAGGGGUGACUGAAGAUCUACACCAGGAAUAAAGGGCGGUAUAGUUAUACUCGGCCUCGGUCCAGUAUACCUGAAGGAGCGUCUCCACCUCCAUUGUUCUGCCCAGACACUGAGGUCCAGUUCUGAGGGCCUUCUGGCGGUUCCCUCGCUUCAAGAAGCCAAGUUACAGGGAACGAGGCAGAGGGCCUUCUCAGUAGUGGCACCCGCCCUGUGGAAAGCCCUCCCACCAGAUGUCAAAGAGAAAAAUAACUACCAAACUUUUAGAAGACACCUGAAGGCAGCCCUGUUUAGGGAAGCUUUUAAUGUUUAAUAGGUUACUGUAUUUUAGUGUUUUGUUGGAAGCCACCCAGUGUGGCUGGGGAAACCCAGCCAGAUGGGUGGGGUAUAAAUAAUAAAAUAAUAAUAAUAAUAAUAAUAAUAAUAAUAAUAAUAAUUACAUUGGGAAUAAUGGUGGGAAAAGACCAGCAGCACCUCCUCUUGCCCAAAAGGCCAAUGGCAUGGGGGGGGGGUGAGGCGCUUCCAAAGAGGAGGUGGAUCUAGCCUCCAUUGAAUGUGCCACAGACUGUGUGGAUGUCUCUAUGGUUGUAGCAAUAACUGAGGCAGUGGGAGAUAAAUUCCUUACAGCCCAGAUCUGUUGUCUCUGUGGAUCCAGCUGCCCAAGGCCUCACUUUGCUGACCCUGCAAUUAAGGCAACCCUUCAAAGUUGUCCGCACCACUCUUCCCUUAAAUUACAGUUUACCUGUCUCCAGUGUUUUGCUAUCAUUAGCUCUUAGGAAGAAUGAAAGCUUUCGAAAUGUGUUUUUGUUAGGAAUAGUACUCCUGCUUUAGUCCUCCAGCUAUUGUAUUGUAUUGUUUUAUAUACUGUGGCUUGCCAUUGUUUUAUUGAUUAUGGUUUAGAUAUUAUUUACUGUAACUGUUGAGUGGAUUUCUGUUUAACUUUUAUAUGUUGAUAUUAUUAUUUUAUACUAUUCUAAUGAUUGUUGAAUGUUACUUUUUUGAUGUAGGUUGCCUAUUUUAAAGUUAUGUUUUAUUAUCACAUUUUUGUAUUGCAUUAGAUUGUUAUAAGAUGUACAUUUUUUCUUUCUUCAGCUUGUAAACCGCCUUGAGUAUUGUAAGAUAGAAAGACGGUAUACAAAUUAAAAAUGAUGAUGAUGAUUAAACAUGGCAUGUGUAAAUCUAUUUUGCAUGUGUAUUCCUGGUCUAAAUUUCAUGCUUCAAAAAGGGGUGCACUGUUAAUGGGAUCUCCUCCACAGUGUCCACCAGCUCCCAGGCUGCAAAGGCACUGUGAGGACACCCAGGGAAUAUGGGUGUCGCCAGGAUUUUUGUUGGGGGGGAUCGUCAGGACUUGGGGGGGGCAGAACCGCUGUGAUUGGUCAGUUAAGUAUUUCUGUAGUUUUACUUGUGGGGAGCAGCUGCCCCUCUCUGCCCCCCCCUGCUAUGCCCAUGCCAAGGAGAGAGGCAGGGAGGGGUAAUGGAGGGCACAUGAUCUCCCUCCCCACCACCCCAGCAAGCCAGGUGCCCUUGGAGGAAGUGAGCAGCGAUAGCUGAGCUGCUUAUAUGGCCGGGCAUCGGUGCCUUCAUUCCCCCAUGGCAAGAGUGCCAACUUGGCCCUGCGACCGUGGGUGCCCAGGGCCGUGGGUGCCAUGCAGUGUGCAUGGCCCUUGCACCAAAAUUUGUGGAUGCCUAGCUCCUUCAUCUCCUGCCAACCUAGCAAUUCGAAAGCACAUCAAAGUGCAAGUAGAUAAAUAGGUACCACUCCGGUGUGAAGGUAAACGGUGUUUUCGUGCUCUGCUCUGGUUUGCCAGAAGCGGCUUAGUCAUGCUGGCCACAUGACCCGGCCAAUAAAGCGAGAUGAGCGCCGCAACCCCAGAGUCAGCCACAACUGGACCUAAUGGUCAGGGGUCCCUUUACCUUUACCUUUAGCCCCUUCAUGAGGAAUUUUGUGGGUGUUCAGGCACCCAAGUCCCCAGGGAGUUAGCACCUAUGCCCCAUGGGCUGAAGCGGCAGGGGUGCUUGGGAGAGCCUGAGGGCGCAUUUGGCACAGGGGAGCGGGCUUGCUCAUCUACUUCUUAAACUUUCACUUUGAAAUAUAAGCACGUUUUAAUGACACAAGCUUCCAUGGAGCAGGGGCCCACUUUGUCAGCAUGUUCUGACAGUUGAUAAAUCUCUGCAUAUAUAAUAAAAUUCCCCACAACAGCCAGUGUGGUGAGCCAGUGUAGUGUUGGACUAGGACCUGGGAGAGAGAGACCAGGGUUCAAAUCUGCUCAGCCCCAGAGAAACUUCCUGGGUGACCUUGGGCCUGUCACUCACUUCCCAGCCCAAACUACCUCACAGGGUUGCCGUGAUGAUAAAAUGGGGAGGAGCAGGAGAAGGACUAUAUCUGCCGCCUUGAGUUUCUUGGUGGAAAGGUAAUUUAGUACAGUAUGUAACGAAAUAAAUAGAGAAAUGCCUGAGGGAGAUUGUCUACGUAUGAGAUCAGAGGCCAAUGCAAUGCAAUGAAAGCAAAUGGAGAGACGACUCCUUGGGAACUAAGCAGUUUGCCUUAUUUCUUAAGCCUGUUCCUUGUAAUUGCUACUUAUGCUAUUUUAAACAUCCUUUCCCAUUCAUUAUCUAUCAUUUCAAUUCAUUAUACAGUGGUACCUCGGGUUAAGUACUUAAUUCGUACUGGAGGUCCGUAGUUAACCUGAAACUGUUCUUAACCUGAAGCACCACUUUAGCUAAUGGGGCCUCCUGCUGCUGCCGCUGUGCCGCCGGAGCACGAUUUCUGUUCUCAUCCUGAAGCAAAGUUCUUAACCUGAAGCACUAUUUCUGGGUUAGCAGAGUCUGUAACCUGAAGCGUAUGUAACCUGAAGCGUAUGUAACCCGAGGUACCACUGUAUAUCAUUUUAUCAUUUGAAAAACAAACCAAAAGCCUUUCUUUUGGGAAUUAUAGGGACAGAACUACCGACACUGUAUAGAAACUUAUUCAUGUACAGCGGCAAGAAUGUUACUUGCUUAAAAAUGGAAAGAAGCAGAAGUCCCAGCAAAGGAAGAAUGGAUACGAAAACUUACAGAAUAUGCAGAAAUGGUGAAACUUACUAGAAGAAUAAGAAAUCAAGAUAACAAACUUUUUAAUAUAAAAGAAUGGAAAUGGUUUAUUACAUAUUUACAGAUAAAUUGUAAGCAGAUAACAACAUGGGCAGGAUUAUCGGCAGUUUGAAAGUAGAUGAAUAAGUGAGCAAAUUAAGUUAACUUGGAUAUGUAGAAGAUAUCAAAAAUAAAUUUAAGGAGCCGCAGAGUGAGGGGGAAGGAAGUCAAGUUCUGAAAUGUUCAAACGACUGUAAAAUUAGUGAAAUGUAUAAAUCUGAAAAGUAUAAAUAAAAAUUAAUAAUAAUAAUAAUAAUUGGUACUCAUGCUGUGGAUUUACUACUAACAAGCUGCGUGGCGAGGCUUAUUUGCUGGUAAAGUAAAAUAAAACACCACCAGCCUCAGCUGAUUAGUCUCGGAGCUGGCCUCGGAGCGGCUUUCUCUCCGGGUUCGUGGCACCGCGCGCCCGGCCGGGUGCAACGACCUCUCGCCCCCGCUCGCUUUGGUCUGCCCGCUUCCCACGCCCCUUCGCGGCGUCUGCGGGGCGGAUCUGGGCGGGAGCGAGGGCGGCGCGGAGGCCGCCGGUUGGAGGAGGCCGGGGAAGCGGGGCGGCGCUGGCCUCCUGUGGUCCGGCUGGAGAAGGAGGAGGUGGAGCCCGGGGGGGGGGGGAGUGUCGCCUGCCUGGGGCCCCCGCAGCGUCGCGGGCGUCUCGGUGUCCCUGCGCAAAGCAGCAGGCGCGGCCGGAGGGAGGUGCGUGCGCCUUUGCGCGUGGCGGCGCCGAAGGCUGAGGCGCGAGAGCCCGGCAGGUCGGGACCUCCAAGCGGCCGGACUGAAGCUCGGACGUCGGGCAAGCGGGAGCUGGAGGGGCUCGGCUGGGUGUCAGGUGGGUCUUGCGAGCUGUUCGCCCCGGCGGGGCGCGAGCAGAACCGGCUUUUGGAGAGGCUCUGUCCGUCGCCAACCGUCCUGCUUUGGGGAUGAGAGGGGUCUCCAAGGUCCCUUUUGGAAUGGGCAGCGUUCAGCGAGGAAUCCAGGCUGAAGCGGAGUCCCCUUUCCCCCAAAGCGAAGGACAUUUUGUUUUCUCGUUAUUGCGCAAGGAAGUCAAAGCGUUGCUGCGACAUGCCGUGCGUUUCCGUGGCUGUCGAGGGCUACCGGUGGCCACGGUGGCUGGUUGGAGGGCUGUGCGCCCCGCCUCCUCCACAGCUGGAGGCGCACGGGCAGCUGUGCGUCUGAACACCAGUUGCUGGAAACCGCGGGAAGGGUCUCUCGGGUUCGGAUCCUGUUUGCUAGUUUCCCAUAAUGGGCAUUUGGUUGGCCACGGUGAGAACAGGAUGCUGGGUUAGGUGGUCCAUUGGCCUGAUCCAGCACACUCUUCUUAGGGGGUCCAGUUAACCAUCUUUCACCGGCCCGGGGGCAUAUUUCUCUGGUUCCGCGAUAAUAUCUCCUACUACCUCCCCAUCCCGUUUGAAUAUAGAGAAGCCGGAGAACUGGCUCCUUGACCUUUCUGGUAAACUGGGACCUUGGGGGUGAAUUACUAUGGCAAAUACGUGGCAAGAGGGAGACGCGCCCCGUGGCAAAGGGAACCGCAGCCUCAAAAAGGGUGGGGAAGCCCAGAGUAUGUUUUGCCUGCAUGUGUGAUUCAGAGCAUCAUUAACAGAGCAGUCCAGCAAGUAAAGUCCUAUAGCGGCACAGGGAGUAUAUUUUCUAGACAAAAUAACUUAACUGCUGCAGUUGUAUGGCUGAACAUGCUCUCCGCUAUAUAUGUGGAAUUCUUUGGAAAUGUAAAUAAGUGUGAGAUCACUUGCUUUGUAACAGCCAGCAGCAUGUGCAGUUUUUAAGCCUACAUAUUUAGCUUUAACCAGUGGUGUCCAAACUUUUUUCAAAGAGGGCCAGAUUUGAUGAAGUGAAGGGCUGUGAGGGCUGACCAAAGGGCCAACCAAAGUUGUUGACCUUUUUUUAGGAUUGAGGUUGUUGAAGUUUUUAGGGCCGGUUGUCCGGAUUAGACCCCCAGAACAGACUUUGAACAUGCCUGCUUUAAGCUGUGGUCCUAGACACACUUUCCUGGGAGUAAGAGCCUUUUAAUUCAGUGGGAUUUACUUCUGGGCUGGCAUGCACAGAAUUGGACUGUAUGUCAACGAUUGAGCAAGUUUAAGCCGACCUGUUGAAGUGUAUAUAUGAAGGCUCAUUGCACAGGUUAAAACUUCCAUCUGAGACCUGCAAGACUGGAAGAAAUUCCAAAGGUUAUUAGGUGACAGGUACUGUGAUGUGUCCAAGAACAUAAAAAAAAUUACCUUCUGCUGAGUCAGGCCGUUGUCUAUAAUGCUAGGAAUUCUACCUUGAUUGGCAGCAGCUCUCUGAAACCUUGCACAUGCGUUUCCCCCAACCCUGCUUCCUGAGAUUCAUUGACUAGAGAGCCGCAGGCUUGGCACAUGCCAUGGUACUGAAGGAGGAAAUUCCUCAGUUGAAGUGCCAUAGCCAAAAUAGGUGCUCUUUGCUUUUAUUUAUUUAUUUCUGUUGCAAUAUCUAUAAUACGCCGCCUUUGAUAGCUCUCCCACAGUGGCUUACAUAAACAUUCAAAACCAUAAAAUAUAACUGAAAGCAAACCAUUAAAAAAACAAAACAGCAACCUAGGAACAGUACAUGGCUGAGCUGAGCAAUUCAGAUAAAACAGAUCAAAAUAAAAAUAAAAAUCCAGCAGCACUUUACACAAUUAAGUAGUUAGACCAGUACUUCAGUUAAAACUAGAUUUUAUUUCAUGGGAAGGUGGUAUGCAGAGCCAGCCCUCACCUGUAAAAAUCUUCAUGCAGGGGUUUAUGGCACACCUGAGCAGCAGCUGGAAGGCAUGUGGGUUUGGAUAUGGCAUAGAGCCAUGCUUGCAAUCCCACCUGUCUCUUGGAACUGCAUGGCUCCGCAUCUCAAUAGAUCACAGCAAAACCACCCCAGGAUAUAGGGACCUGCAUAUGUGGUGUAAUAUACAUAAGAAUGUCCCUGUCAUAUCCCUUGGGCUUGACUAGUGUCACACUUGCUUAAAUGGUUGUUGGACUACAACUCCCGUCAUCCCUGACCACUGGUCCUGCUGGCUAGGCAUGAUGGGAGUUGUAGUUCAACAACAGCUGGAGACCCAAAUUUAAGAAACAUUGUUAGGCUCAUGCAAGAACUUCUGUUGGCACAGUGGGGCUUUCUCUCCUCUUCUCCCCCUGUGCUCCUCUAAAUUGUCUUGGGGUGGGUGUGUGCCGGGAGACCCCCCCCCCAAAAAAAACACCCAGCACACAGGGCUAAUAGUGAGGAGAAUUUUGUAUGGCAAGCUGAAAAAGCUUCUGUUGAUGGAAUGAUUGCCAUAGCACUCCUCCACUCAAAUUCAUAGAUAGCUCCUACUGGAAGGGGACAUGGCUUAGUGGUAGAAGACGUGUUUUGCACGCAGAAGGUGUCAAAGAGAGAAAACUGUAAAACCUUUUGGGAGAUGCGUAAGUGGUGGUGGUCAGCUUGUACGAACAGGAGCCUCAUUGCAAUCAUUUGAGAAGCAGAACAAAUCUAUUGCAAAAUUCAGUACUAGCAACACAACUCAAAGCAGGAUGCUGACAAAUUAGUAGUUAAGAAACUGCCUUAUAUGAAGCCCUACCAUCACUUCAGCUGUACUUUCAGAUGCCAGGGAUUAAAGCAAGGACCUUUUGCACAUCCAUCACUGCCUAUUCACUCAAUGAGGGCAGGGGAACGGGCAGCAAGAAGGAGCAACAGCAGCAGGAUGGAAUACCUUGGGAAUGGCAGUGAAGCCUUGGCCCAGGCAUGAGCCUCUGAGGGAGUCCAGCAGUUCCAACCCUUGCUACCUGCCCUGCUGUGAAAGAAGGACCAAAGGCACUCUGAAAUGUUUAGCCUGGAGGAAAGAAGAUUAGGAGGGCAAGAUUAGGCUGUUUAGUUCAGAAAUAUUUUAAAGGAUUUCAGAAAGAAGAGAGGGAACAGCCAUUCCCUAUGUGAACAGCAGCAAUGGCCAUGAAUCACAAGGAGGUUGGUUUGGGUUCAGUUCAGAACAGAUAUCCUAGAGAAGCUGUUGGUCUUGCUUGAUUUUUUUUCAAGGAGGGGACAGUCAGAGAAAGAUUGAACAGACAUGUGUUGGGUAGUUAACAGCACACCUUGUUGUACUGUUUUAGAACCAGUUCAAGGUUGUUUUUUCUUGUGAUCACGCUCACAAAUUUGUCGUAAAGUAACUGUAUGAGCGGGUGGCGCGUGGGUUAAACCAUAGAGCCUAGGACUUGCCGAUCAGAAGGUCGGCGGUUCGAAUCCCCGCUACGGGAUGAGCUCCUGUUGCUCGGUCCCUGCUCCUGCCAACCUAGCAGUUUGAAAGCACAUCAAAGUGCAAGUAGAUAAAUAGGUGGUAUUACCUUCUCUGGCGGGAAGGUAAACGGCAUUUCCAUGUGCUGCUCUGGUUUGCCAGAAGCGGCUUAGUCAUGCUGGUCACAUGACCCGGAAGCUGUACACCGGCUCCCUCAGCCAAUAAAGCCAGAUGAGCACCGCAACCUCAGAGUCGGUCACGACUGGACCUAAUGGUCAGGGGUCCCUUUACCUUUACCUUAACUGUACGAGUUAAUCCUGGGUCUGUUUGUUCAGAAGUCAGCCCCACUGAAUUAAAUGACAGUUGCUAACAAGUAAGGGUACAGCCCUCUAGUAUGGGAGUAAACGCCAGUGAAAUCAAUGGGACUUCGGAGUAGUCACUCUUUAAAUGUGCACAAGGUUGCAGGCUUAAUCUCCAGCUGCCCUGUCCUGUGGCAGGCCUUUACAACUCCUUCCUGGAAUCUGGGCUUUGAACAGGAUGCACCUUGAUCAAACAAUUCAGUCCAGACCAGCAAACAUAGAAAUAAAGCCAGCCAAACACAUUUCUGCUGUGCAUCCAGAUCUCUGUGCAAGAUGCCCUUGAGAACUGUGCAGAGACCAGGUGCAGUUGUGUGACUUCUGCAUAUGUGGACGUGGGGGGAGUGUUUAGAAAUCCUGCAGCCAUUGGAAGUCUGUGAAUCAAGAGCAGAUGCCCAUUUCCUCAUUCUGCAACACACAUGUUGGUUUCAAGGCAGUUUCAUGUUCCUCUGGUUUCCAACAUGAACAUGUGUUUUUGAACACCUGGCAAGUACAGUGGUGCCCCGCAAGACGAACGCCUCGCAAGACGGAAAACCCGCUAGACGAAAGGGUUUUCCGUUUUGGAGGCGCUCGUAAGCAAUUUCCCUAUGGGCUUGCUUCGCAAGGCGAAGCCCAUAGGGAAAUCUCCGAGGACCUCUUUUAAAUGCUAGCGGUGGGGAGCAAAGCCUUCCCCCCUCCGGCCUUCAGAAGAGGUCCAGGAAGGCUGGCGGGGGCCGAAGGCUUUGCUCCCCACCGCCAGCAUUUUAAAAGCAGUCCGGGAUAGCAGGAAGCGCUGCCCGCUCUCCCGGACGGCAUUUGAAGGCCGGCGAGGGCCGCGAAGCCUGGGCGCGCGGAUCCCAGCGCGCGCCGGCUUCGGCAUGCCGGCAACUCUCCGCAAGCAGCGGCAGCGCUGCCGCUGCUCGCGGAGAGGUCCGCGGAGCCUGGGCGCGCUGAUCUCAGCGCGCGCAGGCUCGGCAUGCCGGCAACUCUCCGCUUGCAGCGGCAGCGCUGCCGCUGCUCGCGGAGAGGUCCGCGAAGCCUGGGCGCGCUGAUCUCAGCGCGCGCUGGCUUCGGCAUGCCGGCAACUCUCCGCAAGCAGCGGCAGUGCUGCCGCUGCUUGCGGAGAGGUCCGCGAGCCUUGGCUGGACAGCUUUUUUUUGUUGUUUUCAAAUACACUUGCCAUAUGAACAUAGGGAGCUGUCUUAGUCAGACCAUUAGUUCUGACUAGCUCAGGACUGCCCACUCCGACACUCAUAAUUCAUUCAAACGAAACGUUCUUCCUAUAGGCUGUAGCUUCCAUAUGAUUUGGGAUGCCUCUCUGCAUUAUAUGUCCCACAGGGCCUUGUACAUCUCCACUUAAAGGAGCUCCAAUAGCAGAGUUGGGGAAGACCCCAGUACCUUGGAGAGAAAAGUAGCGGACUAGACUAGGCAAGCUAAUCGUCUGACACCAAACUAUAGAGAACUGCCCAAUGUAGGAGUCAGACAGGAGAGAGGGAGACCUGGGCAAUCCAUUGAGAGGAACACUCUUGCCCUUAUUUGAUGGGCCUGCUUUUUGGAAGGACAACAUGAUUACCACACUACCAAUUUAAUUCUGCUGUGUGGAGCUGCAGGGGAAUAUUGGGUGUAUUCCAUGCCACAUUCACAGUUGAUAGAAAUAGCAGUGCGAUUGCACUUGUGCUGUGCAUGGACUGAUCAUGUGCUCUAGAUUCCUUUGGAACGAAUGUGGGUUCUGAUCUGAGACAGACGAGCUGGUGUGGGGCAGCAUGUUCUCUAAAACGUUGCUCUUAUCUGAUAAGAUUUGUCUCUCUGCUACCAAGUUGUUGCUUUCAGCUACUGGAGGGCACUUAAUAGCCAUCAGGCCGCUCCUCUGCCUCUAGCUGGCUAAACUUUCAUCAACAACUUUUUCUUCCAACUCACAGAGCUCUAUAGUGGGGUAGGAGAACUGAAAAAAAAAAAAUGCCUGCCAACCAAUGCACCCCUUUGGUUUCAUGUACUACCAAAGGGGUACAUUGGUUGGCAGAUGAGAAAUAUAUUUGCAUUAUUUUCAGCUCUCCUACCCCGCUACUUGGUAGUUGUACUCCCAAUUGCCCUAGUCUCCUUCCUACACACACAUAUAUUUUCUCAUAUUAUUUUCCUUCCGUGAAAAUUCAUUAUUUACUCCCGUCCUCUUGUAGCUAUUGUCUGCUGACCCCUUUAGUUUUGUCUCCUCAUUUCUGUCUAGUUCUGAGAGAAUCACCUUUUUUGUCUCUGAUAAUACUCCUGUCUCCCUUCGUUCUUGGGAGUUUCUACAUGCAUGUUGACCACCCAGCCUGGUACCCCCAGAUUCUCUUUCCACACAACUUCCUUCAGCAGCUACCUUUGGUCAAAUUUUCUCCGCAUUGUGACCCUCUUGAUCUUGUGGAAAGAAAGGCUGCUCCAGACAAUCUUUUUAUUGAGCAUUCAACCUGAUUUACUUACACUGGUGUUGUAUGAUGUCAGCUCUUUAUAGAGCAUUCACCCAAAUCUGUUUGCACAAAGGUCUUUCCAUCUGUCAGUCAUGAGCCCAAACUUUUUAGUCCAUUUUGCCACCAAUUUCCUAACUGCACGAAGCCUGUGUGUUUGCUGUUAUUUUUUACAAGUGGAUUUGUUGUGACAGUGCUUUAAUUAUGCAAAUCUAAAUUUCCAGUAUGCGCCUGACACUUUCCUGCUAAGCAGUAGCAGUCUGGAGGCAACUUCCUUCCACCUCUCCAUCAGCCUUCUCAUCUCUCUUAUUCGGUCACCAAGAUAGUUCUGGAACCUUUUGCCUCUUAUCCUCUCCUUCCUCUCUCCUUCCUUUCCUUUGCCUCUUCCUUCAGUUUUUCAGCCUCCUCUGUGCUUCACUCCUUCGCUCCUCCCUCCCUUAGCUCCCUUCAUCCCACUGAUCCUAAGCCCAAGCUCACUUCUACAGUAUACAGUAUUUCACUUCAUCUGCUCCUGUUCGUGCGCAGCUCAGGAAGUCUCCUGACCCUUGCCAGCUGCUCUCGACACUGCAGGUUUGUUUUCUAUGCAUUUUAAUGCAGCUGAUUCUUGCUAACCAAAAUUACCGUUCUUCUCCAUUUUUAGGUCUUCCCACCCAAACUCUGGAUUUUGAAUAUUAAGAAAUAACCUGUUUUCCUUCUCUCCACCCAUUUUGCACCAGAUCUUCCUCCUUUACAUUUUAGAGGCUCUUUUCUUGCCUGGUCUUCUUAAUCUCAUUAGUCUUACAGAUCCCUCUUGUCUUGCCUGAUUCCCCUUUUUCUUCUUUCUGCCAGCAUUUAGAACCUGUCGUCCAACUGGACGUCACCAGCUAUCUUACCUAUAUUCUCUGUGUGGGGGUCAUCAGUGCACAUUCCCACCUUUGAAAGUUUUGCCUGUCACUUGCUGCUUAGAUUGUUCUGGGUACAUAAACCCCUGAGGGAGAUCUAGUGACGCUUAUCCCUUUGGCAUACUUGCAAUUCCUUUAGAUAACACGCCUGAUCCCCUCCUAAGCUGCCACAUAGUUGUGCUACUUGUGCUUCCUAUAUCGUGCAUUUUACACCAUGUGCAGCCAUUUAAUCCUUAUGGUGUUAUGACACACUGGUCAAGCCUAACUUUGCCCCAUAUAUCAGAGACGGAACUUCUUCCCCACCAUCACCACUUGGUCCAUGCAGUGAAUUGUCAGCCCAGUAGUGGGCACUCCCACCCUGUUCUUAAAAUAGGAAUAUAUGUGCCAUAGCAAAGCAUAUAACCAAAUGUUCCUGCCUUGCAAUUCACAAAAAUUGCAGAUCCAUGCGACUGUCUAGAACCGGCUCCAUAUCUGUGGCUGCAUCAAUCAAUGAGUGGGACAGAAGCUGCAGUCCUUCAGAGCUUGAGACUAUGAGUCAUUUGCAAUAUUGCCUGUGGCAGAGUAAACUGGAGAGACUGGGCUGUGUGUAAUCGACCCUAUAGUGCUCUCAACCCAGGCAGCAGGUCAGUGCCCUUUGCUAUGUGGCUUUGAGACCAAAAAGACUUCCUCUGCUACCCCUAGUGUAGCAGUUCUCAAACCUUUUUUCUUUCUUUCUUUUUUGGCAAACCACUUGACAAUAUACUGGGCCUCGGCUGACUACUGAAUAAGCCAGUUAAUCCUGGAUAGCUCAGUUGUUGUGGUGCUGAUAAUGCCAAGGUUGCAGGUUUGAUCCCCUUAUGGGACAGCUGGAUGUUCCUGCAUUGCAGGGGGUUGGACUAGAUGAUACUUAGGGUCCCUUCUAAUUCUGCGGCGGGAAGGUAAACAGUGUUUCUGUGCGCUCUGGCUUCUGUCACGGUGUCCUGUUGCGCCAGAAGCAGUUUAGUCAUGCUGGCCACAUGACGUGGAAAGCUGUCUGUGAACAAACGCCGGCUCCCUUGCCCUGAAGCGAGAUGAGCACCGCAACCCCAUAGUCACAUAUGACUGGAUUUAACUGUCCAGGGGUCCUUUAUCUUUUCUUUACAAUUUAUGAUUUUAUGACUAUUUAAUAAACUUUUAUUCAAUGUCAAGAUCAUGGUCAAAGCUAGUGUCACUUUAGAAAAAUCAAGUGCAGGGCCAAGUGCAGAUAUUAUUUACUCCAAACACAUGAUUCUGGUGAAUUUGUAGCCCCCCCCCACUCUGUUCUGCCUCUCCCCCCCCCCCCCAGCUCUCCACACACACCCAUACACAUUUGUCUUCUUGCAGGUGUUGCUGAGACCCAAUGGAGGACUCCACCCGCCUGGGCUACUGUAUUGUGGCUGGCAGCUUUGUGGCCUUCCAAUUCUUCUUCUCCGCUGUCAGCCCACAGUUAUCUUUGUCGCUGAGUUCCAGAUAUUCCACCCUUCCAUCAGUCAAGCAGAACGAAUGGAAUUCCAGGUACAGGGGUAACUCGGGUUAUAAACACCUCAGGUUACAGACUCUGCUAACCCAGAAGUAGUACCUCAGGUUAAGAACUUUACCUCAGGAUGAGAACAGAAAUGGUGCGCCGGUGGCGCACCGGCAGCAGGAAGCCCCAUUAGCUAAAGUGGUACCUCAGGUUAAGAAUGGACCACCAGAACGAAUUACCGUAUUUUUUGCGCUAUAAGACACACCAGACCAUAAGACGCACCUAGUUUUUGGAGGAGAGAAACAAGAAAAAAAUAUUCUGAAUCCCAGAAGCCAGAACAGCGAUCCCUCUCGCUAUUCUGGCUUCUGGGAUAGCUGCGCAGCCUGCAUCCGCUCCAUAAGACGCACACACAUUUCCCCUUACUUUUUAGGAGGGAAAAGGUGUGUCUUAUAGAGCGAAAAAUACGGUAAGUUUGUAACCAGAGGUACCACUGUAUAGUAUGUUUAAGUGGUCGGGGAGGGGGGACGUGGAGAGUCCUGCAGCUCUCUCACACACUCACUCUCAGCUAGUUCAGUUUGAGAACCUCUCCCCGCUUAGCAUGUGAGAAGCCUUGGAGCAUCGCUUGCUUUGCAGGAAAGAGAUGAGAAUGUGUACAUGAGUGCCCAUGCGGGGGGGGGGGGGGAGUGACACAAGCACUGCAGUCCUGGGGUAACCCUGUCUUAUCCUCCUCCCUAGAUGUGUGUCCACCCUCCAUGCUGUGAUAGUCGGCCUCUUCUGCCUCUGCAUCCUUUGGUUUGACGAUGCUGUAAAUGCCAACCCUAUCUGGUAAGAAGGAAAGGCCCUCCUGGCUUGCUCGCACACUUCCUCUGACCACUUUGCUGUCCAGGGUUGCAUGUGCAGAUUCUUCAAGUCUGCCCUCCCCAGAGAGAGAGGGGGGAGGAAGAACUGGUGCAUGUGAGCUUGAUGGGACACAUUGUGCUAGGAAGGCAUGAAGGGUUGUUUUGUGUCGGGGAAGAAUAGCCCCUUGUGUUUCUUGAGAUUUAGGAUUGCGGGAGGGGGGCGGGCACAGCUUCUGGGCCAGGGCUGGCAGUGGGCCUAAAGAGGUGUUUAUGAUGUUGCCCAAGCCGUACCCCCCUGCUCCCUUCCUCCCUCCCGCUCUGCUUGCAAUGCACAUAUCCAUGCCUUUCUUUCAGUUAGCCUCACAUUGCUCCUGAGCUGGGCUGGCUAAGUGAGUCCCUAAAGCUCAGCAGGCAUUUUGGUCUGCACCCUGGUAUUUCUGUUCCUUUCUUACCAACACAUCUGUGACCCUGACUAGUCGACUUCACCGUCUUGGAGCACGCAGCUCACUGUCAGCUUAUGUUCAAUCCGGCUUAGAUUCACCAGCUACAUGUGGGAUAUUAGCUGUGUACGUCUUUGUGGUAAUAUAAGGCUGUAUCCAAGGGAUGCGGGUGGCACUGUGCGUUAAACCACAGAGCCUAGGACUUGCUGAUCAGAAGGUCGGCGGUUCGAAUCCCCACAACGAGGUGAGCGCCCGUUGCUCGGUUCCAGCUUCUGCCAACCUAGCAGUUUGAAAGCACGUCAAAGUGCAAGUAGAUAAAUAGGUACCACUCCGGCGGGAAGGUAAACGGCAUUUCCGUGCGCUGCUCUGGUUCACCAGAAGUGGCUUAGUCAUGCUGGCCACAUGACCCGGAAGCUGUACGCCGGCUCCCUUGGCCAAGAAAGCAAGAUGAGUGCUGCAACCCCAGAGUCGGCCACGACUGGAUCUAAUGGUCAGGGGUCCCUUUACCUUUACCUUAAGGCUGUAUCCAGACCAGCCCUCAACCUGAGGGUUGUGCAACCACAGUCACCAGCAUCAGGGUUGUCAGUGAUUGGGGAAAGACCAGGUUUUGCUCCCACCUUGUUACAACUUCUCUCUUUUUUUUGUUCUUUCUCCCACAGCAGCAGCUAGCUCCUAUUGUCUAGUUUUCAUCAAUCCUUACAGUCAGUUGUAAUCUGUGAGGGAAAAUCUUAAAGACCAAUGGGUGUGUUUUAUACAGUUUCAACAACAAGGAAUUGGGCGGGGGGACUGCUAGAGACACAGCCUCCUUUUCAUCUAGAGAUGGGGAUCCUAUGACCUUCCAGAAGUUGGUGGACUGCAAGUCCCAUCAGUCCUGACCAGCAUGGCAGAUGGUGAGGGAUGAGGAGAAAUGCUGUAUCUCGACACUAUAUAGAGCACCGGUCACCAACCUUUUUGGAACAGUGCGUAUAUUUCAGAUUUUGAGAGAGCUCUGGGUGUCCCAGACAGAAAAUAGCUGCUGUGGGGAGAGGGUUUGCCGUAAUACAAAAUGGCUGCCAUGGGGAGCAUAGCAUAACACAUUAUUAUUAUUAUUAUUAUUAUUAUUAUUAUUAUUAAUAAUACCCUGCCCAUCUGGCUGGGUUUCCCCAGCCACUCUGGGUGGCUUACAGCAUAUCUAAAAACAUAAAGCCUUAAAAACUUCCCCAAAUAGGGCUGCCUUCAGAUGUUUUCUAAAAGUCUGGUGGAAGGGCAUUCCACAGGGCGGGCACCACCACCGAGAAGAUCCUCUUCCUGGUUCCCUGUAACUUCGCUUCUCACAGUGAAGGAACCAGCAGAAGGCCCUCAGAGGAGGACCUCAGUGUUAAAGAUAAAGUCACCCCUAACAACCUUACACUUUCCAUGGGAAGUCACCUAUGUCCUGCUGGUCUUGAUUGUGGAGUUCGCACAAUAUUGGUUACACACACACACACAACAGAGAGAGAGAGAGAGAGAUGCUGUUGCUGUUUAUGGAACAGGGAGCAUUCCUCAGUACCAGGAAAAAUAUUGAAGGUAGCUACACAACAUUCAUUCUUAUUUGAAAUUUCUAAGGAGGUGCCUGCACAUUUUGCCUCAUAACUUCCUUCACGGGGGUUGGGGGGGUAGGAAUAGAGACUUACUUUCUUCUUUAAAAAGCUCAGAGUCUGGGGCACCAGUGAAAGCCUUUUCAGGCACAAGUUGGCAACCCCUAGUAUAGAGGGUCAUAGGUUACCCAUCCCAGCUAGUUGUUUGUCAGCACUUAGUCUAAACCAAACAUGUAAAAUACAAAAGCAUGGCAAGAAAGAAAGACCUGAAGAUGUUUCAUGGUGAUGGAGCAAAGCAAGACAGUAUGAAAGACUCCCUGCAUUGUCGCGGACAGUCCAUUUUUGCCCAGCCUCUCUUACUGAGUCAGGGAGGUCUUUCCCAUCUAACACCAUGUGGUGCUUCUUGCAUGUGAGAAAGAAACUGGCACCUGUUGAAGUAGGGUAGAUUCAUCUCCCAAAAGCAGAUCCCUCACCUCUUAUCAUUCUCCCACUCUUUCAUCCUUUGCAGGGGAGACCCGUGGCUCGUCAAGCUGAACAUAGCUGUCACGUGUGGAUACUUGCUGUAUGGUAAAUAUCAUGGCCCCCAUUUCAUUGAGCAGGCUAGAAAGGCCAAGGAUGGUAGCAGAAGGUUUCUGGGGAAGCUUGCCGUUCCCCUCACCACAGCCACAGUUUGCCUUUCUAUUCCUUGGCCUGCUACCAUCAGAUGCCAUUGGGGUUAUCUCAGCCUGACCCAAGACCCAUUAAAUUGAACAGGAAAGGUGCUUCUAUACUGAGGCAUUCCCAGUGGAUUGGGCCCCAAAGAAUCACCCUAAAACAAAACAUAGGAGUUUGUGCUUCCCCACUUCCCAUCUCAUAGUGAAGGGGAAGUUUGGACUGCCCAGAAAGAAGAAAAGCUUUGCAGCUGAGGCUGUGUAGGAAAAAAACAGACUGGUGUGUGUUAUCUGCUGCCCUGUUUGCUUAUUUAUGUUUCUUAUUUUGUUGUUCUAUUUAUCAGUUGUUAUUAUUGAGGUUAUCUAUAGCUUCACUGUAAGUCAUUUUGAGUAGCUUUUAGGUGCAAAAGUGGAAUAAAAGGUGUCUAAAUAUAUUUUUUUAAGUACACAAUCACUUGUGAUAUACAGCAUCUUUUUUGCUGCCAGUUGGUGAAUUUCAUCCAGCAAUUUAGUUCUGUGAGAAGUGAAUUUGAAGCCCUGUUUCUUCUGCCAGGGAGUCUCCUGCAGCCUCCAUCAAUUCACUCUCACUCUUCUCGGUUACCCGUUGGUAAAGUUUUUAUUGACUUACUUGCAUCCAUAUCCUUCUUCCCAAGGUGGCAAACAUGCAGUUCCCAAGUGAUCUCUCAUCCAGGAAGUGAAUGAUGGCCUCAUGUGCCUUCAGACAAAACUCUGUAAAUCACAAGUUAUGUCAGUCCAAUAACACACAAAAAUGAUCAUAUAGCACAGAGUUCCUCUGAAUUCCAUUGCAGACCCAAUCCACACUUCCCAGACCAGAUCAGAAUGCAACAAUCUUUCUGAUUUUGCACUUCUCUGAGUUUUGCAAUUCAGUCCUUACCUAGAAACAUGCCACGGCAUAUUAAAAAUGUGUUUUUUAGGAUAACAUAUAUUUAGAAAUGUGUAUAUUGAGAUAAAAUAUGUAUUUAACCCAAUAACAUUUUUAAACAUUUUAACGGGAAGAUUUUUGACGUCUGAUGUUUCCUUAUGUUUUCAUAUUCUGCUAGAAGCCGUCCAGAGUGGCUGGGGAAACCCAGCCAGAUGGGUGGGGUAUAAAUAAUAAAAUAAUUUAUAAUUUUAUAAAUAACCAAAAUUAUCCAAAUCUGGUAUAAUAAUAAUAAUAAUAAUAAUAAUAAUAAUAAUAGAGACAUUUGGUGGAUGCAGUGGGAAUGGGUUUGUUAGCCAAUGAAAACAAAAAUGAAAAAAACCCCAAUAUGUUGUUUAUGGAGUUCUGAGAGGCUUAAUUUGCGGAAAUUCACAUUCCGGUUUUUGUCAAGGUCAUUAAAGAAAAGGGAAAACUGCUAGAAAACUGUGGUCCAGGGUGAAGCAGGCCCAUAGGACAGAGGAGAAUACAGUGGGGAGGAUGCAAAGUUCUGGGUGAAGAAAGCUCAUCCCAAAUACUGGGAUUCACGCUUAGUUCUGGAAGAAGGCUGAAACACCCUCUGUAUUUCAAAGGAUUAUUAUGAUGUGAUGGGGACUAUAUAAGGUUUCUAGAUUUCCUCAGCGGUAGGUAAUAUGUGAGGGGGGAGGGAGAGAGGUAAAUGUCUCAAUAUAAAGAUAGUGUAAUGUUUUUUUUUUUAAAAAAUGGUUGUAUUGCUGGAUGCUACUGAGUAGCUGACAUUGGGGCCCAGAAUGCCAACACUCUCCUGUACCACUGCUGGCAGAUGGACAUAAAGCUACUAGCUGGUCAGUUUGAAUCCCUGCGAUGGGGUGAGCUCCCGUUGCUCUGUCCCAGCUCCUGCCAACCUAGCAGUUCGAAAGCACACCAGUGCAAGCAGAUAAAUAGGUACCACUGUGAUGGGAAGGUAAAUGGCAUUUCUGUACGCUCUGGCUUCCGUCACGGUGUCCCGUUGUGCCAGAAGUGGUUUAGUCAUGCUGGCCACAUGACCCGGAAAGCUGUCUGUGGACAAACACUGACUCCCUCAGCCUGAAAAGUGAGAUGAGCGCCACAACCCCAUAGUCACUUUUGACUGGACUUAACCGUCCAGGGGUCCUUUACCUUUUUAACCUUUUUUCCCACCCCAUUUAAAUCUUCCCCUUUUAAAUCUCUGCCUGCAGAUUGGCUGUUAAAAGAAGAAUCACGGGGUCAGGGGUGGAAAUAUGUCGGCCUUGCUCUGUUACAUGCUUGAACCUUGUAUCCUGCCUGCUCAUCUCCCAGUAAACCUUCCUUGUGCGUAUGUUGUGUUGUGUUCUGAAUUCUAGAUCUGUUGCUGCUAGUGCGGUACUGGAGGACAUUGGGAGAUUCGCUUUUCGUUUGCCACCACUUGGCAGCGCUAUACGCUUAUGGAUACGUGUUGGUUAGUUCCAGAGUCCUUUAGCUAUUGGGGAGGAGGGAGGGGGAGAGGUUUCCUCUUAUUCUUCAUUCUUGUUCCUUUUUCUAAAAGAAAAAAAAAAAACAUUCUUCAUCAAUCCCUUUGCUUCCCUCUGCUCUUCUACAGCUUUCAGUGCCGCAUCGUUCCAUCCCAACCCACAGAAACCGGCUGUCAUCAGGGCAAAAAAGGACAUGGUCUGAAAUCUGGACCAGGGAAAAUAAAGAGAAUUAGCAUAGCACAGACUGAAAUCCCCCCCCCCCCCCGCUUCCAAUGAUCGGUUGGCUGAGAAAUAUAACUUCCAUAUGUCUGAGAACUCCUGAUUUACUUUUCAUUUACAUGCUCCAGGAACUUUAAAAAGUUUUUUUUUAAGAGACAGAGAGCGUGUGCCAUGGGAAGCCACCAUAAGCAUGAUUACUCAGAAAUAAGUCCCGUUAAGUUAAAUGGGAUUGACCCACUAAUUUGUGUGUUUAGGAUUGCAGCGUAAAAAGGUGUUGUAUGGAAAUGAAGUAUAAAGACAGUCCCUGCCUCCGGGUUCUCAGUCUAGAACAGGAACGACAAACCUGUGGCCCUCCAGACGUCGCUGAACUACAACUCCCAUAAUUCCUGACCUUCAGACAAGCUGGGUGGGACUAAGGGCAACAGGAGUCCAUCAACAUCUGGAGGACUACAGGUUAUUCAUCCUUGGUUGAGAAGAACAAGAUAUGCUAGGAAGGGAGAAAGACAGACAUUUUAGAAGCAUAAUGAGAAGUAGCAUUGGUAUGUCACAUUAAAGAGGAGGGGGAAUGUAAAAGUUUUUUAUCUCGGUUUAACUUUUUAUUCCAUCACUAAGCGCUUUGUGAAAUGGUGGAAUUAUUUUCCCCUCGUCAGAAAUAACCACCACCACCAAAGUUAAUUUAUUAAUCAGCUUCCUAAGCACAGUCUUAAGGUGAUUUACACAUGAAAUAAUGAAAAACUCAAAAACAACAAGCACAUUUAAAACAAGACUAGAAGUCUUAACACUCGUGGGGAAGACCUGUUAAUUCAGCUGAUAAAGCCAGAACAGAAAUAUCUUCAACUGUUUCCGGAAAGUGCAGACACCGGGCGCCUGUCAUAUCUCGUAUGAGGAGGUGGAGAGUCCUGUUCAAGAGGAAUCCAUGUGUGCUUCUAAGUUGUGCUUGUCCUGCUCAGCCAUUGAUUGAUUUAGCAACCUUGGAGGAAGUAGUGUUUCCUCAAGACUCCUUACCUCAUCUGCAGAAUAGCCAUUAUAACAUAGGCUGCCUUCUACAUAGACAUUUAUUUACAUGCUGCUUAUAUGCCAAAAUGGCUUCUAAGCACUUUGCAACUAUAAAAUCAGUCCAUAAUUAAAUGCACAAUAACAUGGAAACAUUCUUGCUUAAAAUAUACAGUAGAACAAACAAUUAGAAAGCAUAAAAUUAAAACCGUUAAAAGCAGUUUAAAAAAACCAAUCACAUGUUGGAUUCAAGGGAAUGUUUACCUGGCUAGAAAAUGAUAAGGAAAUGUUGGCAUCACAUUGAGCCUUGAGGUUAACAUAACAGCAAUCCUUUGCACACUUACAUGGAAGCAACUCCUGUGAAUUCAGUGGGAAGAAGAGUCCACCAUCUCAUGGAUGAGGUUAUGCUGCAAUCUUGUCGUACUUGGUAGCUAGUCCUGCUAAAUGAAAUGGAGAUUUUUCACAAUCAAUAGCAGAGUUUGUGUUACUAGUAAAUGGGUUUAGAGGGUGGUCAAGCCGCAACACCAUUUACCCCAGAUUAAUAUAACUUCAGCCCACAUCUGAGGACUCCUGCCUCCACUGCUGAUUACCUUGCCCUUUCUGGCUCUUUCUCUUUCCUGAAAGCAUUAACUCUUGAAUCCCCUGUGGUCAUUCUCCUUGUAACAGCCCAGCCUGCUUCUUCAUAGCAAAUGGAGUCAGCUAGAGCAAUACUUCUGCUGCAACAGAUGUCCCUAAAAUUCUCAAUUCAUUUCAAGGGGAAUUGAACAGGUAAAUGACCCAUGAGAUUGUGCCUGUCUUCUGACAUGCAAUUAGGCAUUUGUAAGGGACUUGCUAGGGACGUGGGUGGCGCUGUGGGUUAAACCACAGAGCCUAGGACUUGCCGAUCAGAAGGUCGGCGGUUCAAAUCCCUGUGACGGGGUGAGCUCCCGUUGCUCGGUCCCUGCUCCUGCCAACCUAGCAGUUCGAAAGCACGUCAAAAUGCAAGUAGAUAAAUAGGUACCACUCUGGCAGGAAGGUAAACGGCGUUUCUGUGCGCUGCUCUGGUUCGCCAGAAGUGGCUUAGUCAUGCUGGCCACAUGACCCAGAAGCUGUACACCGGCUCCCUCGGCCGAUAAAGCGAGAUGAGCGCCGCAACCCCAGAGUCGGCCACCACUGGACCUAAUGGUCAGGGGUUCCUUUACCUUUAUCAUAAGGGACUUGCUUGGUUUGAUUCGUAACCCAGCCCAAUAAAGUUGCUCACGUAUUGCAUGCUAGUCGUGUUGCUGAACUGGUACAGUUCACAAAACAAAGAAGCGGGUAUUGCGGACCAGCUUCUAUUGGUAUAGAUAUACACAGGUUUGGCAGGGUCCUGUUGGAUGGAUGGACAUUAAAAUUGUUUUGCAUCAUUCAGGAUGGAAAAGCCCAGCGACCAAGGCAUGGGUGGCACCAAGGAGUCUGGCUGUACUGGUAUUCUGCUCUGCUGUUCUCUAACAUUUUCUCUGCUUGGCUUCCUUGCUGUUGAGAGAAAGGGAGGUCGGGCUCUCUGCUUGGUACCUGAGAGCUGCCUGAAUCUUCUGGCACUGGAAAAAGCGAGGCCUUUGGCACUGUCUUGGGGAACAGUGAGGCCAGCAUCUCAAGGUUUCUCUUUCUGUCUCCACAGAGCCGUGGGGUGCUGCCCUACUUUGCCAAUUUCCGUCUCCUCUCGGAACUCUCCACGCCCUUCGUGAACCUGCGGUGAGUUUUCUAAUGGAGUAAGUCAAGGGUUUUUAUGGUGUCAGGAGCUUCUUCACAAACCUGUGACAUCCAUUCGACAAUGUUGGGUCUGCAUAUCCUUUUCAAAGCAAAAGGGACAGGCUUGUGGAAAGCAGCUGUACCCCAGGCCCCUCACAAGGAGCCACAGUAAAGCCCCCCCACUUCCUAAAUGGCCUCGGCCCAGGAUAUCUGAAGGAGCGUCUCCACCCCCAUUGUUCAGCCUGGACACUGAGGUCCACAGCUCAGAGGGCCUUCUGGUGGUUCCCUCCCUGCAAGAAGUGAGAUUACAGGGAACCAGGCAGAGGGCCUUCUCAGUAGUGAUGCCCGCCCUUGACAUCCCAUCAGAUGUCAAGGAAAUAAACAACUACCUGACUUUUAGAAGACAUCUGAAGGCAGCCCUAUUUAGAGACGUUUUUAAUGCUUGAUGUUUUAUUGUGUUUUUAAUAUUAUGUUGGGAGCUGCCCAGAGUGGCUGGGGGAUAAAUAAUAAUUAUUAUUAUUAUUAUUAUUAUUAUUAUUAUUAUUAUUCCACAGUCAACAUCUUAAGUCCUUUGGGUGGCCACCACUAAGGAAGCUCAGCUCACUCCUGAUCCCUUAAUCCUAGAGGAAUUACCAUAGGUGGCGCUGUGUUCCACCAACAAGUGAAGCUUAACGGGGGGUCAGAGGGCACCCCCCUUGAAUUCAUAGCACUGACCCCAUUCAAAGCUUACUUCUCAAGAAACUGCUACAUCGUUCUAUCUGGGAGAACCAUGGCUGAUUUAAUGCUGCUGAAUUCUUGGUUCCCCAUGCCUCACUAGAGGUCUGGAAUUAUCUUGUGGAUGACUUGUGGUUUUGCUUUCUUCAAAGAGGUGGAAGGAAGGGGUGGCAUCUUCCAGGACAGCCCCCCUGGGUGGUUUUUUAUAUGUAUACAUUUGACACAAUACUUUUGCCUUACCUCAGGUGGUUCCUGGAUGCAGUUGGCUGGCCACGCUCUUCCUGGGUCGUCUUGGCCAAUGGCCUGGCCAUGAUGGUGGUCUUCUUUGUGGUUCGGAUUGCCGUCAUCCCCAGCUAUUACAUGCAAGUCUACUCCUGGUAUGGGACUCCUGAGUAUGAGCGCCUGGGCCUGGGUGUACAGCUGGCCUGGAUCGGGCCCAGCCUAGCCUUGGAAGUACUCAAUAUGGUCUGGAUGUUUCGCAUCACCCGGGGCUUCUACCGAGCCGUCUGCCGGUCCGUAUCUCGCAAGGCAGCAUGA